ACUUUACAUCUGAAGCAGACUUUAGACGGGGCUUUUUUAGCACACUCCAACAUUUAAACGCUCUUCCACCGUCUGGUGCAUUUCUGGUUUAAGGAAAGAAGUCCCAAGAGCUUGCUGUUCUUGCUUUUGCUUCCUCAAUAUCAUCAUCUGACAGUCACUUCAGCUCCCUCUUAUUUUUUCCCUGUGUUCAGGAUAUGAUAGAGUGAUAUUAACACUAUCUGUCAGCCUGUCACGUCAGAGUUUGGCAUCUUUCUAAUAGGUUGUAGAAAUUCAUUUAGUCUGCAAUGGUCUCUGCCAGGCUGUUGGUGCUGUCCCUCUUCAGCGCGUCUCUGGUUGGGUCUCAGCCCACAGAGAGUUCACAACAGGUUUCAAGCCCUCCUGCUCAUCCUGCAGGGGAACCAUCUCUGAGUAUCGAUAACCUGUCCUUCCCCUGGAGUCGCCUUCGCCUACCAAAGUACAUCAUUCCUCUUCACUAUCACCUCCUCCUGCACCCCAACCUCACAAGUCUAAGUUUCACUGGCUCAGUGCAGAUUCAGAUUGAUGUGCAGAACAAUACAAACUGGGUCGUAUUACACAGCAAGGGUCUUCAGAUCUCCAAAGCCACCAUAUUAGACCAGAACCUCACUCAUCUAUCCGAACAGGUCCUCCCAGUUCUUCAUAACCCUUCCCAUGAGCAGAUAGGCAUUUUUUCUCCCAGAGUGCUCAGCAGUGGGCAGAAGUAUUUCCUGUAUAUCGAGUUUGGAGCAGAACUUGCGGAAGGUUUCUAUGGCUUCUAUAAGAGCACCUACAGAACCAGUACAGGAGAGACCAGAACCUUGGCUUCAACUCAUUUUGAGCCUACGAGUGCUCGAAUGGCAUUCCCUUGUUUCGAUGAGCCAAGCUUCAAAGCUAAUUUCUCUGUACGAAUUAGGAGACGUCCCGAGUACAUUUCUCUGUCCAACAUGCCAGUAAUCAAAACAGUUGAAGUCAGCGGUGACUUGCUUGAGGACCAGUUUGCUCCAAGUGUACAGAUGAGUACUUACCUCGUGGCGUUUGUCAUUUGUGACUUUAAGUCUGUCACUGGAACAACAUCCUCUGGGGUGCAGGUUUCCAUCUAUGCAGCCCCAGAGAAGUGGCAACAAACCCACUAUGCCCUGGAGGUUGCUGUUAAAAUGCUAGACUUCUAUGAGGAGUUUUUCAACAUUCGCUAUCCUUUACCCAAACAAGGUAAUUUUUUUUUUUUUUUUUGCUUUGAGAACAAAGCCAGAAAUAUAAACUAUAAGUAUCCUGAUCCAUGUGCUCUUCUUUCAGAUCUGAUAGCCAUUCCAGACUUCCAGUCUGGUGCUAUGGAAAACUGGGGUCUGACCACCUACAGAGAGACCAGUCUUCUCUACGACCCCCUCACAUCCUCUGUUUCUGAUAAACUCUGGGUUACAAUGGUCAUUGGCCAUGAGCUCGCCCAUCAGUGGUUUGGCAACCUGGUGACCAUGGAGUGGUGGAACGAUAUCUGGCUGAAUGAAGGAUUUGCCAGAUACAUGGAGUACAUUUCUGUGGAAGCCACUUACCCGGACCUCAAAGUGGAGGAAUAUCUGCUGCACACCUGCUUUGCAGCUGUGGGUCACGAUUCAUUGAACUCCUCUCGGCCAAUAUCUAGCCCAGCAGAGAACCCCACUCAGAUCAAAGAGAUGUUUGACACAGUCUCUUAUGACAAAGGCGCUUGUGUCCUGCACAUGCUGCGACACUUUCUGACAGAUGAAGUGUUUCAGAGAGGGAUCGUGCGAUACCUCCGCAAGUACAGCUACAAAAAUGCACACAAUCAGGAUCUGUGGGACAGUCUGGCCAACACCUGCUCAGAGGAGGACUUCAUCUCAGGGAAACACUGUUACAGCAGUAGCCAGGCCUCCAAAAAUGCAUACCUGUUUGCUGGGGAACAUUUGAACCUAACAGCCAUGAUGAACACGUGGACUCUGCAGAAAGGUAUCCCUCUGGUAACUGUGACGAGGAAGGGGGCUCGUCUGCUGCUUAGACAGGACAGAUUCCUGAAGACAGUGCUGCCCUCUGACCCUCAGUGGUCCACUUUACAGAAGGGUUUCCUUUGGCAUAUUCCUCUGACAUAUAAGACAGACAGUUCCAGCACCAUCCACAGACACCUGAUGACAUCACCUACAGAUAGUAUACAUAUAGGAGAGGAAGCCAGCUGGGUUAAGGUAAACUCUGAUAUGACGGGCUAUUACAUGGUUCAUUAUGAGGAUGGUGGCUGGGAUGUGAUGACUAAACUGCUGAGGGAAAACCACACUGCUCUGAGCUACAAAGACAGAACUCAUUUGAUACACAAUGCCUUUCAGUUGGUCACCGCUGGUCAUCUGCCGCUCAAUAAAGCCUUAGACUUAAUCGGUUAUCUGCUACUGGAAACGCACACAGUGCCUCUCCUCCAAGGACUGGGAUAUCUAGAAGCUUUUUACCAUCUGGUUGAGAAAAGAGAUGAGUCAGUUUUAACACAUAACCUGGGGGCAUACAUCUUGCGAUUUUUCCGUGCCAUCAUCGACCAGCAGACGUGGAGUGACAGCGGCACUGUAUCAGAGCGCCGUCUUAGGACUGAGGUCCUGUCACUGGCUUGUCACCUGGAUGACCCUCCCUGUGUGAAGCGGGCACGUCAGCACUUCAGCGACUGGCUCCAGUCCAACGGAACCCUCAACCUGCCCACUGAUGUGGCAGAGACUGUGUAUUCAGUUGGAGCUCAGGAUGACCACGGCUGGGCCUCGCUCUUACACACAUACAAGAUUUCCCUCUCUGAGGCACAAAAGCACAAGAUCCUGUAUGCUUUGACCAGCAGCAAAGACACCAGCAAACUUGAAGGCCUGCUGGAGCUGGGUUUGGAGGGAAAGGUGAUUCGAUCCCAGGAUCUGUCCACUCUCAUACUGAUGGUAGCCAGAAAUCCGAAAGGACAUUACCUUGCAUGGGACUUUGUGAAAAAGAACUGGGACACACUAGUUCAGAAGUUCCAGCUGGGCUCAUUUUGCAUUAGAAACAUCAUCAUUGGCACCACAAGUCAGUUUUCCUCUCCAGAAGAACUCACUGAGGUGCAGUCAUUCUUUGAGUCCAUCAAAGAACAGGCUUCUCAGCUGAGAGCUACUCAGAUUGCCCUGGACAAUGUACUGAAAAAUGUCCGCUGGGUUCAGAGGAACCUGGAGACGCUGAGAAAAUGGCUGAAUGAGCAGAUGCAGUGAAAGACAGCAGGGACAAAGGUGGUGGCUUUAACAUACCACAGAGGGACUAUCUCACAGUUUUUUUUUAUUUGUUUUUUAUUCAGAAAUGUAUAUGCUUGAAAUCACUGAAGGGUUGACAGACUUGUAAAUACAAAACAUGUGAAUUUCAGGGAAUUUGUUGAUUAAAACAAGAACUAAAAAUUA